AAAAAGCAUGUGAAGCAGGCAGAGCUCUACAGCCAAAAGAUACAAUAAAAGCAUUGACUACCUAAUUGACUUCACCUCUAUUGUUUACUAUUAAGCGACCCUCUGCCUCUUGCCACUUCCUCAAUCUUUAUCUUUCUUCACUUGUCUUCUUGUUUUCCCAUUCAAUCUUUGCUCCCAAAAUCAACCUUUUCCUUUCUUUAUAUUGCUUGGGGAAGCAGAAAUGGAGGAGUCUAGCAAUUAUGGCCACCAACAUCCCCUGCUUCUUAUCUUGAACCAAGACCAGCUGAUCGACUAUCAAAGUGGUUUAACUGAUUGCUCCAGGUGUGGGGAGAAGGUGCCUGCUCCAUGUUUUGGCUGUGCGGAGCAUUGUGGGUUUUAUCUUCACAAGGUAUGUGCCGAGGCACCUUUGGAGCUUAAUCAUCCUUUUCAUCCUCAUCAUCCUCUUCUUCUGCUGCAAGAGCCACCAUCUUCUUACCCAAGAUGUGUUUGCACUUUCUGUUAUAAAACAUGUGAGAAAUUUAUUUAUCACUGCUCUUGCCAAUUGGACUUUCAUAUUAAAUGUGCUUUGUUUACAUUUAAUAUUGCUGAAAAUAAUUUGAAAGAGCUUGAGCAUGUUGCCCUUCAACAUCCAUUGAUUUCCACUGAAAAUGGUGAUGAAAAACUCAAAGAUGCUGCUAAGUGCUUUGGAUGUUGGGAACCAUUAGCAAAGUAUACACACUUUUCUCCUCACUGUGGAUUUAAUUUACAUGAGAAAUGCACUAAGCUUCCUUUCAAACUGAAUCAGGUGUGCCAUUGCAAGCAUCCUCUUGCUCUACAAUUUAAUAUCGAACGGCUCUCUUGCAAGAUAUGCGGAGAAACCUGUCAAGAGGGCAUAGGACUUGUUUAUGGUUGUUCACCUUGUAAGUUUGCUGUUCACAUUGAAUGUGUAUCAGCAUCUUUAGAUCUUGUUGUUGAAGAUAAAAGGCAUGAACAUCCUUUCAAUUUGUUUACAAGGAGAUCAUCAUUCAUUUGUGAUGCAUGUGGUGUGGAAGGAAGUUAUGCUUCCUACAUAUGUUGUACAUGCAACAUUAUGGUCCAUAAAAAGUGCACUUCAAUGCCACGCAUAAUCAAAAGCAAAUGGCAUGAUCAUCGCCUUUUUCACAAAUAUUUCCUUCACAUAGAAGAUUUUAGAGUUUUGAAUUGCAUAAUGUGCAAUGAUGAAGUCAGUACAGACCAUGGUAGUUACUGUUGUUCAGAGUGCGAUGUUAUAUUCCAUGUGAAGUGUGCAAUGAAGAAGAAAGAUUCAUAUGAAAUAGUAGAAAAUGAAGAUGAGGAAUCUGCUGAUGUUAGCUCCAUAACCAAGGUUCUUGAAUGGAAUGAUGCUGGAGAAGCCACUGUAAUAGAGCAUAUCAUGCAUAUUCACCGCUUAACGUUAAGUGACAGAGUAGGUGAGUAUGAUAAUAAAUGUUGUGAUGGGUGCUUGUUACCGAUCUCGGAUUCAUUUUACUACUGUACACAGUGUGAUUUCUUUCUCCAUAAAGUUUGUGUCGAGUUACCGAAGGUAAAGCAGGUUUGGUAUCAUCCUUGCCAAUCAUCACUAGUCCUUACUUCAAACGAAGUAUUUCGGUGUGUAAUAUGUCAUUACUUGUCUAAAGCUUUUGCCUAUAAAUGUGAAGAAUGUAAGGGAAGUGCAUGCCUUCGAUGUAUAAUUGCUCUUACACCUGGUGCUCGCACAUAUCUAGGACAUAAACACCCUGUUUUUCUCUACACAGAAUAUAUAGGGCGAUGUGUUGCUUGUGGUGAUGAUGAUAUUGAAGGGUUGUUGCGUUGUAAGGAUUGCGAUUUUUCUCUAGAUCAUAAAUGUUUUUCGUUGCCUAUUACGUAUCAACACAAAAGUGAUGAACAUCUUCUUUCACUCACUUAUCAUGAUGAUAACAGUUAUUCAGAAAACCAUUUUUGCGAUAUUUGUGAAGAACGUCGUGAUCCAAAUCUUUGGUUUUAUCAUUGUGCAACAUGUGAUACUUCUACUCAUGUCAAUUGUGUCCUUGGUAAAUAUCGAUUUCUCAAACUCGGGAGUAUCAUUGAAAAAUAUAAGGACAUACAUGAGCACCCUCUCACAGUUGUUAAGAAGAUUUAUUACUAUCCAAACUGCAGUUUUUGUAGUGAGCCCUGUUUAGAUUUGGCUUUGGAAUGUACUGGAUGCAACUUCAUUGUCCAUGCUAAGUGUCUUUAAAAUUCGGAGGACUAAGGUGGCGUUUAGGUGACUAUAGUCCAAAACUACCACUUCUCUUUUGCGGAGAACACAGAGUAUGGUCACUUGUAAUGGUGAUUGUAAUUAUUAUGUAGACUAGGGUUUCGUAUUGUAAGGGAAGCAUGUUUUGACUUGGAAUUUGUGCGAACAUUUGAUUAUUCAAACUAUAGUAUCCUGACUUCUGUGUUAUUUUCUUUAA